GAGAUGUGAAGUUCAACUCUGUGGAGCCAUACACUAAAAACCGGCUUAGUGCUCUCCCAUUUGCUGACAUCAUACGAGACUACAAAGUGAUCUCAGACGGAGUGGUCCCAGAGAACCCGCUCAAGUUCCUCUACCCUGACAUCCCCAAAAACGAGGCCUUUGGACGGCUUUACAACAAUCAGCCUAACAAAGUUUACCCAUACAUACCAUCUACCCUGAUCCCCAUCUCGGAGAUGCGCUCUAAUGCAAGCACCACACCACCUCCUUGCCAGUCUCCUGAGCCCCCGAUGACUCCUGGGGAGUUUGACAUGCUCAGCGAACACCUGUGCUUCGACAUUGACAAUGUAAGUUUGCAGGCUUCUGUAUUCAAUGGACUGUAUGAUGUCUACAUGCCAUAAAAAGAACAAAACCACCAAUGGACUGAUGCUACUAGGCAGUAGUGUGUGUGUAGCCUUAUAUAUUUUAUUCAUCUGUGCUGUGCCAUAAAACCACUUUGUACAAAAGGUAUUAAAAACAUACAGCAUCAGCGAGCCACAGUGUUGCACUGGGUGGCGUGUUCCUUUAUUGCCGUGAACCCACACACUGUAGUUUAUUUUGACUCAAUCCCAAGCACCUUAUACUGCUGUUGUAAAUAUUCUUUGGUUCGCCAAGUGUGUGUUAAUCUGCAACUGAAACUAGUCCCAAGCAAAUGCUCUUUUUCCUCUUGUUUGAUAUAAGCUACAAUGCCACUGACUGUUGGUUUUGGUCUUUUCAUGGGAUUUGCUGACAAUAGGAAAAAUAUAGAAUAACACCAACUUUAUCCUUGUACUGACGAGUUAAAAGUCAGGUAUAA